AUGGAGGAGGUGGAGGAGCAGCCAGCUCCGGCGGCCGGCGGCGUGCUCACGUGGCCGGGGCGCGCGCGGGGAGAGCAGGGGAACGUGAGGGAGGCAGUUAAGGAAGAGGAGGGGACCAAGGGACAGCAACAACAAUGCUUACCGGCCAGGGCAGAGCUAGGGCUGGCCGCCGGUGGUCGGACGGCGAGCGCUUCGGCCGGAGGUGGGAGCAGAUGGUCCAAGGGGUCCGGGGAACCUGCUGGCCGGCAGCGGGAGGCGGCCGGUGGCGCGGCGGAAGAGAUUAAUUCCUCCAAGUGGCUCUCGGGUUCAACGCUUCCAGGCGGCGCGGCGGCGGCCGGAGGAGGUCGGGGCGACGGCGAUCCUUCACUGGAGGCCGUGGGAAGGGUGGUGCUCCCCGCUAUGGGCGGCGGCGACGCGCGGAUUGGAGGGAAGCCCAGCCUCGGCCCGCACCAAGUCUGGGCGGCUGCAGGAGCUUCAGGCGGCGGCCGGCGGUGGUCGGGGACGCCGAGAAACACGCGCGUGAGGUUGCCGACAGAAGAGGGAGGCGGGGCGGACCGCCUCGAGGCGGCUGCAGCUCGCGGCCACGAGCUGACUCGAGCUCGGCCCGAGCUGCAGCAGAUUGCCGCAGAUGGUCCCGACGGCGCCGGCAGCGCGUGCGGAUGGCGACGGCUGGCAGGGACGGUGCCGGGGAGAUCGAGAAGGGUGGUUCAUCCAAUCCCGAGCGGCAGCAGGGCGAGGAGGAGGAAAUCUCACAACCUCGGCCAAAUCUGUCCAGGUUGGCCGCAUCCUGCCAGGGCGGCGGUGGCGGCGCUCCGGGGCGGCCGGGACGGCGGCGGCCGGCGGCGAUGA